CUAGUCUGCUGCUCGGUUGGUUUGUUGUUGAAAGCGGCAUCUUCCAUGUGACGUCACUGCAGCUGCAUCAGCUGCGAGUGAAAGGCAAGAGCCUUGUCACAGGCGCACUGUCCGCGGCAAAACAUCGAAUUCCUCUCGCCUUCAUUUUCUUUUAAAGAUGGCAUGUCAGGGGCUAGGGCCAAACGAGACCCUGACGACGCUGAAAACGGAGUCGGAUAACCUGAAGACAAAACUGGAGGAGGAGAGAGCCAAACUACACGAUGUUGAACUGCAUCAGGUGGCGGAGAAGGUGGAGUCGCUUGGGCAAUUUGUCAUGAAGACGAGGCGAACGCUGAAGGGCCACGGGAAUAAAGUUCUGUGCAUGGACUGGUGCAAAGACAAGCGACGGAUCGUCAGUUCCUCCCAGGACGGAAAAGUGAUUGUCUGGGAUGCUUUCACAACUAAUAAGGAACAUGCUGUGACCAUGCCCUGUACCUGGGUCAUGGCGUGCGCUUAUGCCCCCUCUGGCUGUGCGGUGGCCUGUGGGGGUUUGGACAACAAGUGUUCCGUGUACCCUUUGUCUCUGGACAAGAAUGAGAACCUCGCUGCCAAGAAGAAGUCUGUGGCCAUGCACACCAACUAUCUGUCAGCAUGUAGCUUCACAAACUCUGACAUGCAGAUUCUGACCUCCAGUGGAGAUGGCACGUGCGCCCUGUGGGAUGUGGAGAGUGGGCAGCUGCUGCAGAGUUUCCAUGGACACGCUGCCGAUGUCCUCUGCCUGGACCUGGCCCCCUCGGAGACAGGCAACACCUUCGUCUCCGGAGGCUGCGACAAGAAGGCCAACGUGUGGGACAUGCGCUCUGGCCAGUGCAUCCAGUCCUUUGAAACCCAUGAAUCAGACAUCAACAGCAUCAGAUACUAUCCCAGUGGAGAUGCAUUUGCUUCUGGCUCGGAUGACGCCACUUGCCGUCUCUUUGACCUGCGAGCAGACAGGGAAGUAGCGAUCUAUUCCAAAGACAGCAUCAUCUUUGGAGUUUCCAGUGUUGACUUCUCUCUCAGUGGUCGCCUUCUAUUCGGUGGGUACAAUGAUUAUACCAUCAACGUGUGGGAUGUGCUGAAAGGAACGAGGGUGUCAAUCCUCUUCGGGCACGAGAAUCGUGUCAGCACCCUCCGCGUUUCCCCAGAUGGAACGGCUUUCUGCUCUGGGUCCUGGGACCACACUCUGAGAAUCUGGGCUUAACCAGUUUCACUGAGGACACGGACCCAGACCUGGAAGAUUUAGUCAACCAGGAGGCACAUGCACUGUGCAGACAUGCGACAGAUUACCGGAGCGUCUCUGGAUAUGCAGAGGAAGUCCACUUUGUAGACGAGCAUGUGUAGAGAUCGGAUAUCUUUUAACUGUAUAAGCACAUGCACAGUUCAUUGGACUGAGCACACAUUGGUCAGCAUUGUAAAUGUACACUCCUCAAUGUAUAUCAUGUUUUUACACGUCACAACAGUUGUUCUCUUAUCUCUCUGUACAUAGGCAGGUAUUUCUGUCUAUGUACAGGAAUGUUUUGGGAUAAUAUCAAAGUAACAUCACUAGAUAAACCAUGUCAUAUUAUCAAUGGUUAAUUGUCAGUCCUGGGAUGUUCAUAAUUUUAAAGCCCUUUUAAAAAAUAUAUUUGAGUUUUAGAAAAGUUGUUGUACAAAAGGUAAAGGUUGCAAAAACAACAUUAGUUGUUAGCACCUUUUAGUUGGAGGGUGUAAGAUUUCAACUGAUUUGAAAGGGGGUAAACAUGAAAACAUAUGUACAUAUGGUGUUUCUGUGAUGCUCCAAGUGAAGAGAGAAGACCCAAUAGCUGAAGAAUUGCCCACAGUCUGUAUUAUGUGGGUUAUAGUGGAGAUCCCUUUUGAGUCAAUAUUUUACCCUUGUAUUACAUGAGAAUAAAUGAACACUCAUAACAAAUAAAUUAACAUUUAGCAUAAUAACCUUGUAUAUGUUGUGAAUUAACCUAUUAGAUGCAGCCAUUCCCUGUAAUCCUUUCAGAUUCCACAUGAGAAUAAUGCAAUAUUAUUAUUAAUUAAAUUAUUAUUAUUGUUCAAAAAGACUCAAACCCUUAUUUGGACACAUUCAAUAUUAGAAAACUGUUUUGUAGUUUUAUUUUUAUUAAUUUCAGAUUUUGACUCCUGUAGGAGUUUUCAGAAUUGCUUGAGAUGUUUGAAUUGUUGGAUUGGCCUAGAACAAUGGAGAUUGUGUGCCCGUUAGUGUAAAUGGAUUUAAUGUGCAAUACUGUGUCAAUACACAAUAGAAAUAAUAGCCCAUAGUUAAGCUGAAAACAUCUGCAAUAUUGUUUCAUUUAUUGCAACAUGUUCUUGUUAACCACCGCUUUAACUAAUACAUCACCCACAAGUAAUAAAUCAUAUUUUAAAUGA